GUUUCUCUUCUGCGCCUCAUUAUACGUCCAGAUUUCUGUUGUUUAUCUGCUGCAACAGCACGUCUUUAGCAAGCUGAUUUUUCCUCAGGUUGGUGCUCUUCCCGAUCCUGCAAAAAUCAGUCUACAUUGCUCAUUUUAUGUCCUGGUUCCCUCCCGUUAGGGGAAGCUUCUUCUAAAAUAUCUUGUCUUGAUUUUUCUAAGCAAAAUUUGGUUUUCUGUGUCUGAAAUUGAAUCUCUCAUAUAAACCAUCUAGUCUACCCAAAUAUGAUAAAGCAAUGAUAGAAUGAGAAAUAACUUUAGACAAACCUCAGCUUUUUGUAAAACAUAGGGCAAAAUUGUAAGUGGUAGUGUGUUUUCAGCGCUGUGGUAGAGUCUGUCACCACAGCUUUAAUCAGACACCGGGAACCCAAACCAGGCGGCUAAACAUGGUCAUUCAUCUCCAAGAGCGUAAGAUGAGAAUCUGUUUUCCAUUCCAGGCAUUAAGACAUCUAAAGCCACUUAAUGUUUCAGUAGGUAGCGUGGUUUGCUGUAUAGAGAAACCCUUAAGUAAGGGAUCAUGGAGAUUCUUGGUAGAGGACAAGAAGUCAGAGAAGGGCUGUGGAGAGUUUAAUUUGUUGUCAGCUGCUGCUUCUAAUAGUCUUACAAGCUUUGACAACAUUGAGUGGAGCAGCCUACAGCAACUCCUGCAUUUCGGUGGUGGACGGGGCCUCAAGGGAUGUCCGACCUGCAGGGCAGAGAUUCCCCUUCCCAGUUUCUCUAAUAAGUACAACUAAAUAGGGAUGCUGGUUGUCUCUCUUCCUAGACAGCUUUUUCCUGGGGCACAGGCUCUCGUGAGCCUGAAGGUUAGGCACAACGAUCAGCAGUAAGGAAGGCCAGGCCAGUGACAGAGUAAUUGCAGUUAUUUCCAGGUUUCUGGUCGCGUGGAGGUUAGUGCUAAGAAGAGGACAGCGGGGUGACCCUCACCUACUUGGUUGCAGGCUGCCAGUGUAGGUGUUGAGGCACUGACAGUGCUUGGUUGGCCUCAGAGAGGAAGAACUGCAGCUGUGUAAUCACCGCCUGCCAAACCACAAGUGCCUCAGGGGAAAUUCCUGCAGAGAGCACCUGGCUGAAUGGGAAUAUGGUCAAUCUUCUUGUAAUUUCCAGCCCUUUUAUUUCUCUUCAGCUAAGGAACAGUACCUAAUCCUCUUACCUCCUUUGGGCAGAGCCCUCAUCCAAGCCUGGGCAGAGCUACCAUAUAAACACCGGACUGAAGCCCUUUUUCCUGCUCCAGUAUUUCUAGCCUGCUCUGUUCCCCCCCCCCAGACCUCAACACUGCUAAUGCAUGCUCAGCCUCCCUGCAUCCAGGCACAGCAACCAAGAGCAGUAAGCCUGACCAGGAGCCAAUAGCUUUCCACCACUGUGCCAUAGCUAAUGCCAGGGAACAAAACGUGCCUUUUACCCUCUCCAGCUACCCUGGAGCACCCCGGUGCCUCGGCCGGCCGAGGGAGACAGCGGCUCCUAUCUCGAUAGCGCUCUUCCCCCAGGCAGCAGAGCUCUCUUGCACUUGAGAGCGAUAGGGUCUAUGGAUUGUACUGCAAAUCCACAAAAUCUUUUUCAUCUCCAGGGUUAGGUCUGGAGGACAGGGUACUUACUUCCCUUUGCUGUUUCCCUUCUGUCGUGUCUCACCUAGUUGGAUCGUAAAGGUCUCUGGAGCAGGACUCUCUUGCAGGUCACAGCUACGCUGAUUUUUAUUUCUGCUGCUAGAGAUACUGCGUAGAUAUUACACUACUGCUUUUGAUCCAUAUGCCUUCCCUCUAGGCAGUCCAUAUGCCUCAUGGUGCUCUUGCCUACUUAGUCACGUGGUAAGAUACCAGCUUUGAUUAUAGAUGUGAGGUCUUACCCCAGCUAUGUUGAGCACUCCAAAUCGUCACCAGAUAAAUCACUGUCCUCCUCUCUCCUGGCAGUCGCGAAGAGCUCGCCCUCCACAGGCCUCGUGACGCUUAUCACAGAGGGGUGUGCAAGGGGUCAGGGAAAGACUUUAGCUGAAAAUACCUUACCUUUAAUUUCUUCCCUUUGUAACUACAAAAGCUAUGUAGUCAUCAUUUGCAUUUAGAGCCUGAUAAUACAGUCAGGCAAAAAUGCUCAUAGGACAUAGGUUGAAAUGAGCAUUUGGCAAAAGCAAAAAAGGAAUAUUUGAAAACAUGUUUGUUUCUUUUAAAUUUGUUUUUUCCCGUUAUGAACUUAGCUGCUAGCCACAGUGUUUGGUCUCUGACAAGUCAGCUCCAUCCAGAACAUCAAAGUACAGCUAAGAAUUUAAGCUGUUGUAUUGUUUUCAAAAUCAGUUAUUGUGAUCACUAAAAAAAUAGAUCAUAAGGUCACACGGUGCUUUUUUUACAACAGAGUAGGUUACUUUCAGUAUGCUCUAUCUAUCUGUGGCAUUGUCACCAAGAAGACGCGCUCUGCACAUGUCAACCCUGCUACGUUACAACUUACAGCUGUUUUUAUGCGAAUAUUAUCUGCUCUGCCCAGAUGAUGUUCUGUUGGCAGAGGGUGUAGAAACAGCGCGUUCUCAGGCAGGAGAGAUUAAACUACAAGACGAGUAAUACUUCAAUUUUAUUACACCAUAAAAGAGCAUAAAGCCAAGAGAGAGUUGACCAAAACAGUGGACUGAGCACCUUUAGCAAUGAGCGACCCUUGCUGAGUUUUCUUUCACAUGUAUCCACUGUUUUGCAGAUUAGUUCUUCACAAAGGGACUACCAGCCAUGGCCACAAGCCAGCAUGUUUUGCUAACAGUAGCAUUGAUAUAACUUCCCUGUACUCCCUUACUUUAACAUAACAGACUUUACACACACAGAAAUUAUUCGUUUUCUUCUAUUAAUACUCGAGCACUGUCAGCAUUUUCAGCUGGAUAAAUCACCUCCAGUCACCGUACUGUGCUAAACUCAUCACCGUCUUCAACACUAUUCGCAGCUGCAUUUCAGUAAACAGCCAACAAAUUCCUCCGCGUGCAAAUCUGCAAAAAUCGCUGAGCGCUUUUAGGCCAUCAAACAUAAGAGAGGAAGAUACUGCCAUGAAAAAAAUCUGGCUAAAACAUAGAAGCACUUACCUAGUGGGAAAUAGAGAGCACAGCCAACCACAGCCUGCUGCAGUGAUGGCUUUAGGGCAAGGAGAGCUCAGUUCUGCCAAAGUUGCCUUUCAGGAACGAGGCGCUUGCCCACGCGGCAGUCUCUGGCCUGGGUAUGUGGGAAGCCAAAGCGGGAUAACGGCUGCAGGCUCACCUUGCUGGCAGGGUGGCUGGGGGAGGCAGAUUCUCCAGCCAACCGUCCUCUGUUUCUGUCAGGACAGUAGUGAGGCAGCAGAUGGAGCUGGCCCCUGGGACGAAGAGGUCACCAAGUGGUGGGGGGAGUGGAGCUCCUGGUCCACCUGCUCCCGGUCCUGCGGCGGAGGCGUGAUGUCCCGGGAGAGGCACUGCUUGCGGCAGAGGCUCCAGAUGCCCCACGGAACAAACAGCACCAUGUGUGUUGGCCAAGCCAAGCACUACCAGUUGUGCCAGCAGCAGCCCUGCCCAGCCAACACAGCGAGCUUCAAACAACAGCAGUGCUCCAGUUUCAAUGCUAAAGCCUUUGGGAAACGCUACUACCACUGGACACCCCUUUAUCCAGAUGACUACACCAGUAUCUCCAACAAGCCAUGUGACCUCCAAUGCACCACCCAGAGCGGAGAGAGGCAACUGAUGGCCCAGGCACAGGAUGGUACCUCCUGCAAGGACAGGACCUAUCAAGGGGUCUGCAUCAAUGGGAAGUGUGAGCCAGUUGGGUGCGAUGGGAGCCUGUAUUCACCCCGGACGAUGGACAGAUGCAGGGUGUGUGGAGGGGACGGCAGCACUUGCCACCGUGUCUCGGGCAGCUUCCGAAAGGGAAUCUCACAGAUAGGUUACACGUUCAUCACCAACAUCCCUGCUGGUGCCACAGACAUCCUCAUCAUUGAGCGCAGGAAAACAGAAAACAUCCUGGCACUUGCAGAUGAAUCCGGGAAUUUCUUCUUCAACGGCAACUCCAUCAUUGACAACCCCCAGAACUUCAGGGUAGCUGGCACGAUCUUCAAGUACCGGCGGCCCUCGAGCCUGAACUCAGAUGGGCUGGAAUAUAUCAUAGCUCACGGUCCCACCAACCAGUCUCUGAAUGCCAUGUACUAUAACUUUAAUGGGAAAAUGCCGCACAUAACUUAUGACUACACUGUGCCACGAACACCAGCUCUCCGAACUGCAGCCCCUGCUGUUGACGCACCUCUCUAUCACCACCUACCAGAGACCAGGCAGAACCAACCCAUUCCAGCCAACUCCAGAGCUGCCCAGGACUUCAACGGCACAUGGCUCUCCCUGUCACCAGGUGACACCAGUAAACAGCUUUCCCUAGGAGAAGGGCAUGAAGAUUUAGGCUUCAGCCAGCAGGAUUUCUUCCAGACUAACUCAACCAGUCAGCCUCAGGACUGGGGCUGGGAGCAAGGUGGAGAGAAGGAGAAGUAUGACUUCCAGAUAAGAAAGGUCUACCAUGCAAACACAGCAAGAGAGGAAGAAGAGGAGGAGGCAGCAGCAACUGGAAGAGAAACAGAGUUGGCCCUCAGAUUCAAUCAGAUUUCCAUCAGCACGGCCAUACCGUACAGCAUGAGGAGACCUGAGCUCUCAGAGAACAGCCGCUUAGCAUCCUCCAGGCUUCGUCUCUUCAGGCGGCUGUGUCACCGGGACUCUCACAACACUGCCUUCUGUAGGGAGCUGCAGCACCUGGCUGCAAGGCUGGCCCCGAGGAACUCCACAGCAGGGCUAUGGAGCGAGCUGCCUGCCCAAUGGCCACAGGGCCUUCACAAAGCACCGGCCCAUAAGAACUUGCCGGAGGACUUAAAGGUGGAGACGUUCCCUGGGAGUCAGGGGGAAGCAGCUAACUACAGCUUGAUGGCGUCUGUGGAGAGCCCUCUGCUAAGUGCCAGCACUACCGUGGACAUCAGCCAGGCAGAGCCUCUGCAAGGCCCUGGCACUGAAAGCAACGAGUUUGAUGUGAGCCCCGUGGGCCAUGAUGACAUCAGCUUGGCUGACAUGUAUCGGUGGAAGAUCUCAGCUUAUGCCCCUUGCAGUUCCACAUGCACAUCCGGUAUCAGUGCCUCCUAUGCGAUGUGUGUCCGAUACGAUGGAGUGGAAGUGGAUGAAACGUACUGCGAUGCCCUAAUGCGACCAGAACCUACUCAUGAAUUUUGCACAGGGAGAGAUUGCCAGCCUAGGUGGGAGACCAGCCGGUGGAGCGAAUGCUCCAGGACCUGUGGAGAGGGCUAUCAGUACCGAACUGUGCGUUGCUGGAAGAUGCUGGCUCCAGGCUUCGACAGCUCUGUUUACGAUGACCUCUGUGAGUCAGCUGGCCUGACCAGGCCCAUGGAGAGGAAAGCCUGCAAGAACAAGGCCUGUGGGCCCCAGUGGGAGCUCUCCGAGUGGUCUGAGUGUUUGGCCCGGUGUGGUACGCAAGGGAUGAUGAAGAGGGAGGUGCGGUGCUCAGUGGAAACACCCCUCUGCGACGAGUCCCGGAAGCCCAGCAGCGAAAAGGUGUGCACAGGCCCGCCCUGCGACCGCCACUGGACCGCCUCAGACUGGGGCCCGUGCUCAGGUUCGUGUGGUGAGGGACGGAUGAGCCGCUUCAUCGCGUGUCGCAACCUGGAGGGCAAGGUGAUUUCCGACUCACAGUGUGACCCAGCUGCCAAACCACUGGCUGUCCAUCCGUGUGGUGACAAGAACUGCCCCGCGCACUGGGUGGAGCAGGAGUGGGACCAGUGUGAUGCCACCUGUGGGCGAGGAAUGAAGACCCGGAUUGUCUUGUGUGCAGGCCUGGAGAAUGGCGUGUACAGGGAGUACCCUGAGAAGCGCUGUAAGGCCUCUCAGAAGCCUGAGGAGCAAGCUGCCUGUUUCAAGAGACCCUGUUCAACAUGGUUCACUACCUCCUGGUCUCAGUGCAGCAAGACAUGUGGGGCCGGUAUGCGACUGCGCGAGGUAAAGUGUUACCAAGGGGAGGCUCUGGGUCAGGGCUGUGACCCCACUUCCAAACCAGAAGCCAGGCAGACCUGCCAACUCCAGCCAUGCCCCACAGAGGCACCAGAAGACGACUGUGAAGACAAAGCGACGGCCAACUGUGUGCUGGUGCUGAAGGUGAAGCUGUGUUCUCAUUGGUACUACAGGAAGGCUUGCUGCCGGUCGUGUCGGACCAAGUCACCCUGACUGCUGUCAGGCCGUACUUUCCUUCCAAGCUCAGGGGCAAGAGCCCCCAGAAGCAGACUUUACCACAUGAAGCCACCCUGCUUGGCUUGGCCAUGGAGCUAGUCCCUGUAGACCAGCCUGCUCAGCAAGGAAGGCUUUUAGGACUUAGUCAUCGCCGUCCCCUCUCGACUGAGGGGCUUUUACUUGAGACUACCAGUUCUGAAAAAGCUACUGAGAAGUGAGUUGGGAAAGCCUAUCCCUGCUGUCAGUCAGCUCUGAAGAGCUCUUCCUCCAUGCUCCAGCUAGGCCCACAACAGAGGAAGGCCUUCUUGGAGGCAGUGGGGCACAGAGACCAGCCUGCAGCAGGGCCCAGAUGGUAGCAGCAGCUACUCUGCUCUGCGGAUUUUCCUACUACAAGGUCAAUAUUCAAAACACACCAAACAAUUCUGUGUCACAAUAAAGAGCUAAACUGUAAAA